GCUUCCAGUUCCCGCGUUUCUCGCCGUGUUCUGUCUUAAUAUUAGAGGGGACUCCGUUAAGAGGAGUUCCAUCAACGCGAGUAGGAUUUCAUCUGAUCGAUCGAAAGGAGGGUGGUUUUUGAUCACCAUGGGUCAUAAGAGCAGCGAGGCCGGAAGCGACAGCGAGUACAGCGAACGGCGGCGGAGGACGAAGACCCGGAGGGACAAGAAGAAUAGCAAUAGAAUUAUCCCCGAUGGAGGAUUGCAAUUCGACGACCCUCGAAACAGGAACAGCAACAGAAUCAUUCCCGAAGAAGGAGAAGUGGAAAUGGACUACCCGCGAAACAAGAAGAACAGCGUCGAGAACAACAGUGACGACUACAGCGGCGCAAAGGCAGAGAAGGCCGCCCAAGGGAAGCAACCGGAAAAUUCAGAUGACACCGAUGCCCAAAAGCCUCCAGUGAGGACGGCGAAGUUGUUGAUGGAUCUGUGCUGUGAUGGAUGCACCAAGAGGAUCUCCAGAACUGUCACCAAAUUCGCAGGAUGCGAUCUUGUAUCCAUUGAUCAGCAGGCGAAAACACUGACAGUUAAAGGGACGACGAACAUGAUAAGUGCUCUGGCUGAUUUGCUGGAGAUGAAGUUCAACAAAUCCGUGGAGAUUACCCCUGCAGAAGGCGGCAGCGGGGAGGAGAAAGACAUGGUUGUACGCGGCGACGAUGGAGCAACCAAGGCGGCGGGGAAAGAGUUAGACGGCAACAAAUCCAACAAACCUCCAGUGACGACGGCGGAGCUGAAGAUGGCAGUGCCCUGCGUGUGCGACGGACAUCUCCUCCAGAUUCGUAAAAUCGUCGAGAAUACCAAAGGCUUUCAUUCUUGCAAAGUGUCCAGUGAUGAAAUGGGGAAGGCGGUGGUCAGCGUGACAGGGACAAUGGACGUCAUCAACGCCGUCAAGGAGAAAUUGGAGAAGGAGCUCAAGACGUCAGUGGAGUAACCCCAUCCCCACCAAUAUUGGGCGAUUUAGACCACGGUGGCUCCGAGAAUAAGAAUAAGAGGCUGUUUGGCUUACCUUUUUAUUUGUUGAGCUUAUAAGCAUUUCUACUCAGUAAAGUUUAAAAGUUUAUUAGUAUUUAAGUGGAUAAUAUAUUUAGAUAAAUAUAUUUUUAAAUUAUUAUUUAUAUAUUUAUAUUUUUAAUUUAAAAAAAUUGAUAACCUAUUAGAAUUUGACAAAAAAUCUAAAAUAUACGUUAAAAUAUAUUAAUAAAAUAUAUGUUAAAAUAUUUAUAUUUUUAUUGUAUUAAUAUAUUUAAUAUUUUUAUGAAUUAAAUUUAAAUUUAAAUGUAAAGUAUUGUAUUAAUAUAUUUUUUAAUAAAUAUAAUUUAUCAAUAUUUUAGUCUUUUUAUUAAGUUUUGAUAGUUUAUCAAUUUUUUCAAAUUAAAUAUAUAAUUAUAUAAAUGACAGUUUAAAAUAUAUUUAUCUAAAUACGUUAUCAAUUUAAUUGUUAGCAAGCUUUUAAACUUUACACAAUUUAUGAGUACAAAAGCUUAUAAGCUUGAAAAAAAAGAGUAAGGGCAAUUUUUUUUUAGGUUUUAAGUUGGGUAGUGUUUAAUUUGUUUAAAGCGUUUUAAAUUGGGUUGUAUUUAAGUUGAUAACAUGUUUAGAUAAA